CAAAGCCAAAAGGGAACCAUUGGACGGAUGGAACCGUGCCGUGUCGUGGAGCCUGUCGAACCGUUGGAUUCUAGAUCCGACGGCUGCGAAACGUCCCUCCUGUUCACCGAUUCACGCAAAACGCCGAUGCCCCUGCUGCCUUGCCCCAUGGCCCAUACUUGGAUGGUUGGCAAGUUGGGUCCGGCGCGCACAUUCGCACGGGAGCGCCGGCCUCGUCGCUCCGCCGCUUUUAUAAGCCGUUAGUGGCCGAUCCAUUCCAGCCUAGCUGCACGAAACCCAGACCCACACCAGUGUCCUCUGUCCAAGGUCUCUUCCUCUCGAGCUACCCCGCCAGUGUCAGUGAGCAAGAAGCGGCGACGCCGGCGAGAGCAGGAGGACAUGAAGAGCCCCGCCGUUCCGGCCAAGAGGCGCCACGGCGGCGGCGGCGCGGGGUUCGCGCUCGGGUGCGGCUGCAAGGACGCCAAGAGCGUGUCAGUGUCGCCGUCCGCGACGACGGGGACGUCCACGACGGCGACGGCGCGCCGGAGGAGCGCCGGGGCGUACCCGUGGGCGUCCACGACGACGGACACGCUGACGACCCUGACGUCCGCGGCGUCGUCUUCGUCCCUCUGGGAGGACGCCGUAGCGGAGCUGGGGUACAAGGACGGCAGCUGCGGGAUGCUGCCGGAGAGCUCCGUCGCCACGCCGAGCUUCUCCGGCCUGCUGCGCGAGCUCAGCGAGCUGGAGCGGACCGUCGCGUCGUGGGGCGCGCGGAAGGGCCACCGCCGCGAGGAGAAGCUCUCGCCGCCUGCACCGCCGCCCCCGCCGCGGCAUGAGCGGAGGAAAGCCACGGGCGACGGCAAGGCGGGCGACCUGAGGGCGGCCAAACAGGGCCGCUUCGGCGACGCGGACGGCGACGGCGGCAAGGGGCUCGAGGGCAGCGUCGCGGUGGUGAAGCAGUCGGACAACCCGCUCGCCGACUUCCGCCGGUCCAUGCUGCAGAUGAUCGUGGAGAACGGGAUCGUCGCCGGCGAGGACCUGCGCGAGAUGCUCCGGCGCUUCCUCACCCUCAACGCGCCGCACCACCACGACGCCAUCCUCCGGGCCUUCGCCGAGAUCUGGGACGACGUGUUCGUCGCCGCCUCCCUCGGCUGCGCCACCCCCGGCCGGGCCUCCCCCGUCCCCCGGCGCGAACCGGGCAGGCCCCCCGUGCCCAUGACGCCGCCGCGCCACCGCCGCUCGCCACCGGCGUGGCGCGUAUAAUGCGUGCCUGCCGUGUACGUGCGCUGUAUUUUGUUACCCCGGCAAUGUAGUACGUCCCUUGGAGCCAGGAUAAGUUCCUUCCGUCCCAUUUCCGCGUGAAAAAAUGCAAGAAAAAAUUGGUGGUA